AUGGAUAAAAGUUGGAUGAAGAAGCAGAGGGGUUCAAGGGAAUAUAUUGAAGGUGUACUUAAAUUUGUGGAAUUUGCAUCAAAACAUGCAAGCGAUGGGAAAAUCUUUUGUCCUUGUACCAAAUGUGUGAAUAUGAAUUUGGUACUGCCAGGGGUGGCACGUGAACAUCUUUGGAGUAAGGGGAUGCUUCAAAAUUACACACUUUGGAAAUGGCAUGGGGAAUCGGCGGCUGUGCCAACUGCCACUGAAUGUGGGAGUAGUCAUGUCCAAGAGUCCUUAGAACAAUACGGUGACUUUCGUGGGAUGUUGCAUGAUUUGUGCCCCACGCAUGGAAUGCCACUUGAACCAAUGGACGAAGGGGAAACUGUGCAACAACCGGCUCAAGGUCCAAAUGAUGGUGCACAAAAGUUUUACAAAAUGAUAGAUGAUGUGGACAAACCUUUAUAUGCUGGGUGUACAAAAUUUAGCAUAUUCUCAGCCAUCGUUGUGUUGUUCCAGUUGAAGACUCUUUGUGGUUGGACGAACAAGUCAUUUACUAUGUUGCUUCAACUCUUGAUGGAUAUGCUCCCUUCUAACGCUAAGUUGCCAAAGGACCAUUAUGAGGCUAAGAAAAUAGUUCGAGAUUUGGGUUUGGGGUAUGAGAAGAUCCAUGCUUGUCCCAAUGAUUGUAUGCUAUUUUGGAAGGAGAAUGUUAACCUCGAGGCAUGUCCUUGUUGCAAAGAAAGUAGGUGGAAAUCGAAUGAGGCAUCUGUUACAAAUAAUAAUGCCUCAUCUAGUAAGGGAAAGAAGAAAGCUGCAAAGAUCCUACGCUGGUUUCCCUUAAAGCCAAGAUUGCAGCGAUUAUUUUUGUCACCCGACUUGGCUAGUUCUAUGAAAUGA